AUGAAGUCACACAGAGCAUCCGUCAUCAUCAUCGGAACUGGCGUCGGCGGACUUGCUGCAGCAAAGACGUACUUGGAAUUAGAUCCUGAAGCCGAUAUCCUGCUUCUCGAAAAGAGAUCCGGUCUGGGUGGAGUCUGGGCUGAAGAGAAUUGCUACGAUGGCCUAAAGACCAACAAUCUACGAGGGACCUAUGAGUUCACCGACUUCCCUCUUGAUGAUAGCUAUGGUGUCAAGGAAGGGGAGCAUAUCCCCGGUCUUGUUCUCUACAGGUACAUGACCAACUUUGCAGUCAAGUUCGACAUCUUUCGUCGUAUUCGCUUCAAUGUCAACAUCCGCACCAUCGAAAAGCUAGACAAAGGCGGCUGGGGGCUCCUCGGCGAGGACGCAGCCGCAAAGCCCGUCCCAGUUUUAUAUCGCUGCGAGAAACUCAUCAUGUGCACUGGCCUUGCAUCAACCCCGAAUCCUGUGUCAUAUCCAGGUCGUGAGUCCUUCGGCAAGCCCGUCCUCAACCACGGCCAACUCAAGUUUGAGGCACACGAGGUAGCCUCAGAUCCUAACGUCAAGUCCGUCACCAUUGUUGGAGCGUCAAAGACGGGCUACGAUGCUGUACAGCUCAUGGCUUCUCGUGGUAAGAAGGUGACUUGGGUCAUUCGCGAAUCUGGUGGCGGUGGUGUUUGGAUGUCACCGCCCUGGGUUAAGAUGGGUCCUUUCACCCUGCAGCUGGAACAUGUCGCAACUAUGAGAUUAUUUACAUGGUUCAGUCCUUGCGUUUGGGGGGAGUACGACGGUUACUCGUGGGUCCGUCGCUUCUUACACGGGACAUGGCUUGGUCGGACAAUGGUGCAUCGUCUUUGGGAGAAGAUCCGGAUGGAUACCGUCAACUUUAACGGGUACAGGAAGAAUGAAGCUAUUUCUCAGCUAGAGCCUUAUGAGAGUUUAUUCUGGUCUGCUCGAGUUGGCGUCCUUAACUACCCUGGCAACAUUCACGACUAUGUAACCUCGGGACAGGUCACAAUCAUCAAGAAAGAUAUCUCGCAUCUCUCUAAAAACGGAACGAUCAACUUUGCCGACGGUACAAGUUCCCAAACAGAUGCUCUCAUAGCUAUUACCGGCUGGAAGCUCUCCCCAAACAUCCAAUACAAACCUGACGGAAUCGAAGCGAGCCUUGGCAUUCCAACUGAGAGCAUGAGCAGUGAGGAGCAAGCCUUCUGGACCCAUCUUGACAAACAAGCCGAAAGUGAAAUCCUUCAAAAGUUCCCAUACCUCACUCACCCACCCAAGAAUGUCAUACCUUACAAGCAAAAGGUCUCACCAUAUCGCUUAUACCGCGGCAUGGCACCGCCGGGUCCAACAUCGCGAUCUGACAAUUCCAUUGUCUUCAUCAAGAUGGUCCACAGUACGGCCAAUAUCAUCAUUGCAGAAACGCAAGCUCUCUGGGCAUACGCCUAUCUCAACAACAUGAUCGACAUCGACAAGGACAGAGUCUACAAGGAGACAGCACUAUCAAGCUGCUACGGUAGAUUGCGCUACCCUUGUGGAUUCUCAGCGUGGUAUCCUGAGUUUGUGUAUGAUACUGUCCCGUACGCAGAUAUGUUACUUAGGGAUCUUGGUGUCUGCAGUCGCAGAAAGCAGAGUGUAACACAGGAGGUAUUCUCAGGAUAUACAAUACAGGAUUACAAGGGGAUCAAUCGAGAGUGGGCGGAGAAAAGGCGCAGCCAUGAAGGGAAGAAGGUCGUUUAG